AUGGCCAAGAAGGCACGUCAAAGAAUCAGCUAUGUUCUCGAACGUGCCGAUAAGCAGGUCGGAGGCCACAAACUCGGUGUCAAUGGCCUCGCCGUCGACCGCGACCAGUCAAUCCUCUAUUCCGGAGGCCGCGACGGUACGAUAUGCGCCUGGGACCUGAACCUCGACCUGAAUGGCAAGGGCGCACCCUCUGCGACCGGCUCGACCUCGAACGACGCCUCCAAGUCCAAGAACACCACCAGAUUCCGCGCCCAGACUCUCGCUCAUACUAACUGGAUCUGCGACAUCGCGCUGGCACAAAGUAACGCCGCUGUCAUAACUGCGUCCCAAGACCAGAUCGUCAAGCUCUGGCGACCGCACGCGAACCAGAACGACGAACCCCACAAGAUCGGAGAACAUGCCGACUACGUCAAGUGUGUCGCGUCGCCGGGGCAGCAAUCUUCCUGGGUGGCCACUGGCGGCUUUGACCGGAAGGUGUAUCUGUGGGACUUGAAUGGCGGCGGGAAGACGCUCGAGAUCGACACCAAGGGCGAGGAGGUUCCGGAGAAGGGCUCUGUCUACUCGCUUAGCACCACGGAGAAUAUGCUGGCCUAUGGCGGCCCCGAGUCCAUACUGCAUCUCUGGGACCCCAGGGCCGGGAAGCGCAUCACCAAGUUCCGCGGCCACACAUCUAAUAUACGGUCCAUAUUGCUGAGCGCCGCGGGCGACAUGGUCAUGACGGGCAGUGCGGAUCAGACGGUCAAGGUCUGGAGCGUCACCGCCGGCCGCUGCAUGCAUACCCUCACCAUGCACAACGACAGCGUUUGGUCGCUCUACUCCGAGGACCCCGAGCUCUCCGUCUUCUACAGCACUGACCGCUCCGGCUUGAUCGCAAAGACCGACGUUCGGGGGACCAUGGGGGAAAUGGAUGAAGGCCUCUCCCUCGCUGUCGCGCAAGAGCAUGACACGGUCUUCAGGGUCGUGGCUGCUGGCGACUACAUGUGGACCGCAACUCAACGGUCAUCCAUCAAUCGCUGGCAUAACAUCGACACAGGGGCCGAUAUCCCGCUACCAGAACCGUUCAAACAACAACGAGCCUCAAUUGCGGCCAACCUACCGCACUCGACGUCAUCGCCUGUUGCCAACGGCAAGGCCAAGGAGAUCCCAGCAAGAUCUAUCCUCAGGAUUUCUAACACAGCGAGAUUCCCCGCGCCUGAGCUUGCUCCGAAUGCAGACGCUGACACACAGACUAUUGAGUCUGUUGUCCAUGUAUUGGAGCCAAUACAGCACGUACCAGAGGAGACAAUCGAAGGCCAAUUUGGCCUUGUCAAACACCGUCUACUGGCUGACAAGCGGCGGGUACUCACUCUGGACACAGCGGGUGACGUCCUGCUGUGGGAUUUAAUACAAUGCAAACCGGUUCAAAGCUUUGGAAAGAAGCACCUCGAGGACGUUGAGCCUUUGGUUAAUACCCUUGAGAACGUGUCACCUUGGUGCUCGGUCGACACAAGUUCUGGCAACCUCACAGUUGUCCUGGAACCUUUCAAUUGUUUUGACGCAGAACUGUACGCCGAUGAGCUGGUCUUGGAUGAGCCUGUCGAUUUCAGGGAAGAUCAAAGAAUCAACCAUGGAAAGUGGAUCCUGAGGUACCUCUUCUCGAAACUUAUUGAUGAAGAGAUCAGGCGCGACGAGGCUCAUCGUGCCAAGCUGAACGAGACGGUCGAGAAAAACAUCGCAGCAGCAAAGAUGAGGCCUCCCGUCAGCAUCACGAUACCCACCUCUUCGACAAACUGGGAACAGGCGGCUGAAUCCCCAAUGACACCCAGAGCAAAUGGCUCGCAGUACCCACCUAUGACACCAGGCAUGGGCAUCGGGCUCGCGACUCCCGGGCUUCCUGGAGUCAAGGAGGAAGGUGGAAACUCCACGCUCCCUCUGGACAAGAGGACAUCUGUGACGAGCCGCCCGUCUCAGGAAAGGGAAGACUACUUCACCAAUGCAAUAGUAUCAGCAGAUGGCAAUCAGGCUGCGAAACCCGCGACCACCCCAGCCGAGCAGCCAGCUGAAAAUGGCAAAGACAAGGAGAAGGAGAAAGAAAAGGAAAAGGAUAAAGAUAAAGAUAAAGGCGAGGCCAAACAGCCGAGCACGCCCUUCGGCAAGAAAUUUCGCAUGGGAAUGUCAUUCGGCACCAAAAAGCUUGGCCGUUCGGCCUCGUCAACAGCAACAGAGAAGCCAGCGAUUACAGAGGAGAAGACGGCCGAAUCGGAGUCGUCAUCAAACCACGAGCCUGAGAAGGAGUACGACGACAACUUCCUCGGCGUGAUCGAGAAGAUUCAAGAUGAGUAUGGAAAGCAACUAAUCGAUAGCCCGGAAAAAGCCGUCGAGACGAGAGUCACACCCAGCCUCACCAACGAAACACCGGUGCUCAAGCUACCGCCGGGAACCAAGGUUAUCAUCCAAGAGGAAACCUCAGGAGGCAGCGCGGAGUUAUACCGUGGGACGAUCGAGACGGUCGGUGUCGAUGCCGACGUCAUCGAGAAAUGCGCACCGCAGUGGCUGGGUGAGGUACUGCUGCUCAACACUGUCCCGCAGAAGGAGCCUGUCAAGGUAUCCUUCGUGUUACACCCGUGGCCGGACUCGGGACUGCCGAGCCUCGCGUCUGCGGACGGAAACAACCGCUUGAACGCAAACAAGAUGCUCCGGGUGAGGAAGAUCUUGGCGUACGUGGCGGAGAGGAUUGAUCCCACCUUUGAGCAACCCGAGAACGAGGCAGAGCCGAAUCCCGAUGUGAUGAGGGCGGAAGAGUAUCUUGAGCUCUAUUGCAACGAGCAGCUCCUGCCAAUCAACAUGACACUCGCGACUCUGCGUGCCUAUAUAUGGAAGGGCGGUAACGACGUCGUUCUAUACUACAAGGCCAAUGGGAAGAAGGAGAUUCCGUUGCCACCACCUGAACAGCCGGCGGCUCCAGAGGAAGAGGUUCCGGCAGCUGCUCCUCCUGCUGCCGCUGAAGGCCUGGGUGGACAAGCUGCCGCAGCAGCAGCUUAG